UGAUUCCCUUUCAUUUUCUCCAUUUUCCGAAAUAUCUCAUUUUGAGCUUUCAAUGGAAUCUUCAUCAAAAACACAAAGAAGGUUCAGAUUCAGAGACCACUCCCAACCUGAAUCUCAGAACUCUGUGCCAUCAUCAGAGCCUAGCUCUGAUGUUUCUGCACUCUCACUGCAUGAUUCUGAUGAACCCGAAAUUGAGUCCAUGACUGGAAGGGGAAUCAAGCAUCUGUGUGAUGAACUUUUAGAGCUUAAGGAAGCAGCAAGUGAGGAUUUGCAGAAAAACAUCUUUGCUAAUUAUUCUUCCUUCCUUAGAAUUCUAGAGGAAGUGACAGGAGUGGAAAAUGAACUUGUGCAACUAGAAAACCAUUUUGUAUCACAUAAAAGACUAGUGAGGGAUCUUAUAGACCGUAUAUAUCCAAAUAUACUGUCCUUAAGCUCAAACAUUGAAGAUCACAUAGAUAAUGAACCUUCAUUAAUCCGUAGUGAAUUUGAAGCUCAUAUUAACGAUGUUUCGGAUAAGCUUGAUCUUCUCAUGUCAGAAAACAAGGUAGAUGAAGCCUUGGAGCUUCUAGAAUCUGCUGAUGCACAUUACCAUGGAAUCCAGUUCGAAGACUACUCGGAUUCUGACAUAAACUUAUACAACUCUGUGAUUUCUGAGAAGAUGUCAAUGCUGAAACAAAGAUUGAUACAGAUAGCUGAGAAUGAUAGAAUAGUUGGACCGGAGCUGCAAAAGGCGCUAACAGGGCUAUGCAGGCUUGGAGAGACUCAACUCGCUAUAGAAUUGUUGCUAAAAUAUUACCAUUCGAGGAUUAUGGAUGGAACAAAAGAUUUGCAGUGGUCUAAAUCUUCUUCAAACGAAGCAUAUAUAAGAGAACUUGCAAGGUUUGUGUUUUCUAUGAUUUCACAAGCAGCUAAGAGCUUUGUGAUGUUAUGCGGAGAGAGUUCUCCUUAUGCCUCAGAACUUAUGAUGUGGUCAUGUGAGGAAACAAAGUCAUUUGUUGCUUGGUUCGAUGAGUAUGUUAAGAAGAUCUCGGCGACUAAUGGUAGCUUGUCAUAUGCCAUAAAAGCUGUGAAGUUCGCGGUGUUGUAUUGUUCCUUGUUGGAGGAUCAAAGUUUGGUUUUGCAGCCUUACUUGGUGAUGCUUCUAUGUCCCUGCAUUGAAGAAGUUCUGAAUACACAUGUAAACCAUUUUAAGAAAGUUGUUGGUAUCUUCUCAGUAAGUGAUUCUUGGGGUUUGGAGAAAUACCUUGUUUCUGGAGUGUUGGGGGGAGGAUCCUUAAAUCUUGAUGUCGAGGAGCAACCGGAAUAUUGCGUGCUAACUACCAGCGGCCGGAAAUUUCUCACACUUUUACAGGCCAUUGUGGAAGAUAUUUCUCCUUUAGUUGCUCUUCAAAUGGGAAGUUCAAUCAUUGGUGCACUCAGCAACCUCAUCACAGAGUAUGUCACCAUUCUUGAAAGAGCUCUUACCUAUGAAACAAGAGGAGGAGAUCAUCAAGUUAGUCCAAGAAUCAAGUUAGCCGUGUCGGUUGCGCAGCCAGUUUCGAUUUUGGCUAAUAUGUUGACGCUAACAAAGCUUCUCUUCGUCAUGGUUAAGGGAAUAUAUAGCAGCAAUGAUGGUGGCAAAGAUUCUAAUGAAAUGGAAGAAAAUUUAGAUGUUGAUCAGCAUCAAGAACUUGAAGAGUUCAUGCUGUUUCUUGAAGAGAGCUCACAUAAGCUGAGAACUGUGUUUUGCCAGCAAUUAAUUGCGCGAGUAUCGGCUACUUACCAUAGCCAUGAGAUUUUCUCGGCUAUUCAAAAUGUUGAUCAAUUUGAUGAUAACAGAAUCCAAUAUACCACGCCCUCUGGUAUCUUUCAGGUUCUAUUUCUCGAACUGAGGAAAAUAGAAAGACUUGAUGAAGAGAAUAUGUUUGAAGUGAAUUGGUUGAUAGGCUUACUGAGAGAGCUGAUGGAAUCUAUGUUUAUUUGGAUUUCCAACAACAAAGACAUCUAUGCAACUCAAGAAACCAACCAGUUUGUUAUGGAUGUUCAGUUCCUGGUGGAGAUUGGAAUGCAUGGAGGAUACUUCUCCAAUGAUCCUUUGCUUCUUCUCACUCUCAUGAAGUCAACCUUUAAUUCUGCAGGACUUGACCCUUUCAAAGAUGCAGAUAAUGAUGGAUGGGCCAUUGAUGCAGCCACUAAAACAAUUCAAAAGCUUCUAGAGAUUGAGAAAACAACAACUAUGCAACCAAAAGAGAGUGUAGUUAACAAUGAAGAAGAAGGAGAAUUACAUGAGAGCCAAUCCAACCAAUCAGCAUAUCUCUCUGAAGAAGGUGAUUUGAGUUCCUCAGAGAAUAAUAAUAACAACAAUAUUGAUGCUUUGGAUUUUGAUGAGGAAGAUGAGUUAGAAGUUGCUAUUGAUACAAACACAUUGACGGAACAUAGUGUUAGUACCAUGCAAUCAGCUCCAACAAUUGCCAUUGAUGAGAAAGGACAAAAUUCUGAGGAAAUUAAAUCAAAAUGAAACGAGUGACCCACCCACCUUGUUAUAAAUUUCAUAUGUUUACAAUUACAUGAUUUAUUGAUUUUUGGAAAAUUAUGUUGUGGCUAAAUGAGUAAAUGUACCACAUUUUUUAUCAUUCAGAAUCUAUGUGAGGAAAAUUAUACUCUCUGAAAUUUUCUCCAAUUUAUAGAUAAGCUUUAAU